AUGCCGGCGAAACUUGUUUCCCGACAAAUGUCGUCGGCAGAGAGGUCACAAAGGCUUCUGAUCGGGGAAGAUUCCGCCGCCCAUUAUAACGUAGCCGGAAAAGGGUCGCGGUUCGCAGAGGUUGCAGGCGGCACGGCGGCCGAAUGCGCAGCGGUUUGUUGUUGCUGUCCCUGCGGACUCGCCGAUCUUCUUUUUCUUGCAGUAUACAGAGUGCCGGCCGGACUCUGCCGGAAUGCGCUAAGACGGAAACGGCAACGAUGGCUAAUAAAGAGGGGGAUUAUUCCUAGCCGGAUGCAGCGAUGUGAGUGCGGUUGCGACGACGUCACGGACCUGCAUUUCCACUCGUUCUCGGGAGGGUCAUCGCCGUCAGUGAUGGAUAACGUGAUGUCGGCACAGUUGGAUGCGGACGUGGUUGAAUUGGAGAAGGAAAUGUGGGACCAUUUUUAUGGCGCCGGUUUUGGAAGAAGCAUUUCACAAAGGAUUACUCCUUCUCCGAUAGAAGCAUAA